UUUGCAACCAUUCGGUUCAAUAGUAAAUUUCUUGUAUUUUGAAAGUUUUUUCUUCGAUCGUAAAAAUGAGUCAUAUUUUUAAAAUUGUCAUGGUAUUGGCUGUGUUUGAGUAUCACGUGAUUCAAAGUGGGGCGGCUCCCUCAAAUUCGGUUGCCCGACAAUUCACGGUCGCAAAGCCAACCUUCAUAUCCACAGCGCAAUUUAUUGACCGUUGUGUGGUCUCAAAAAUGUGCACGCGUACAAAUAUACAAUCUCAAUUUGCUCGUGCACGCAUUAGCACAACGAACUUGCCAUCGCUUAAGGUAAAAUCAAUGUUGCAUGGACAAACUCUCAAUCAAAACUCUCGCCGGACACCUCGGGGAAAAGAAGUUAUCGAUGCAGUCAAAAAAAAUGAUUUAAUCGGUUUGUCAAAGCUCAUUACCAGUCAUGUUGAUGUCAACGAAAGAGAUAAUGGCGGGAUGACUGGGCUGCAUUGGGCUGCUGAAAAUGGUCAUAUUGAAGCGGCAAAGAUGCUCAUUGAAAAUAAUGCGGAAAUUGAUGCAAGAGACAACUAUUUUAAUACACCCUUACACAUAGCUUGCAGUCACGAUUUUUUUGAGAUGAUUGAACUGCUUAUUGAUCGAGGAGCCCACAUUCAUGCUCCCAAUUUAAACAAAUUAUAUCCACUAAAACUGUGCACUAUAAGCAUAGAAAAUCUACGCCCAUGUUUAUUGAAAGCAGCAGAGAAAGGUCAUAAACUGUUCGACGCAGUCGAAUCAGGUGACUUGAAAUUAGUACAGAAGCUCAUUGGCCAAGGAGUGAAUAUUAAUUUUGGAAAUCCGUGCGGAGAGACAGCACUCAAUGUAGCCAUUUUAAAAGGUAACAAAACUAUGGCUGGAUGGCUUGUUAACAAUGGUGCUGAUGUAAAUCUCGAAUCUUGCGAUGGCACGACUCCACUAGAACUCGCUAAGAAUGCAGGUAUGUCACUUCCACAAUCUAAAACGCCUGAUUGGGAAUCCACAAUAGAAUACGCACGGAAGACAGUUAACAAAUGGCUCGUUGAUAAUCCAUCAGAGGCGGAACUGAGAGCAGAAAAAAAACGAAAUGGUCACUAUUUGAGUUGGAUUGCCUAUCAUCCUCUUUUGGAUAUUUUUUCAUUUUUGAACCAUUUGCGGGCAUUCAACUCCAAGAUUUGUUCAGUGCACACUAUUUUAGAUUUCACGCAUAAGGGGAAAAAAAUUGAAUUGAUAAAAAUAUCGAAUGGUAAUCCAAAAAAUAAAGUAGUUUGGAUUGAUGGUGGCAUUCAUGGUUGUGAAAUGGUUAGCGUAGCUGCAGUAACUUUCAUUGCAAAUGAAUUGAUUAAAAACUGGAAUGAACCACAUAUUCAAAAUAUUGACUGGUAUAUUUUACCCAUUCAAAAUCCUGAGGGUUACGAUUUCAGUCUCCAGUUUGAUCGUUUUUGGAGAAAGAAUCGUUCACCGACCGACCAAGGAAGUUCCGCUGGAGUUGAUGUGAAUCGAAACUAUGAUUUUGAAUGGGGAAAUCGAACUUGUAAUUCAAGUGACGAUACGUAUGGUGGUCCAAGGCCUUUUUCGGAAUGCGAAUCAUCGGCCGUUAAAAAGUUCGUGCAAGGAAAAUUAAAAGGAAAGUGCAAAGCUUUCAUCAGUUUCCAAAGUUAUGGUCAAUACGUAAUGUACUCGGGGGAUAAAGAUGCGGAACGUGUCGGCAAAGAAGGCGCAAAGCGCAUGAAAGCGGUAGACAAUAAAAAUUAUAAGGCAGGAACAGGACUGUCGUUGUUUAAUUCUAUUCCAUCGGGUUUUGCAAGUGAAUGGGCCAGGAGCGUUGGUAUUAAGUACAGUUAUACAGUAAACUUGCGUGACACUGGACGUUAUGGAUACGUUUUGCCACCAAGUUUCAUCCAAAUUACAGCCAAAGAAGCGCAAGCAUUUGUCUGGACCGUUGCUGAAGCCAUUUUUAAUGAAUCCAAAUGAAUUCAGAUUCACAAUUUUCUUGAAUUUAAAAAUGUAUUAGAAUGUCUUUGAAAUAAUAAAAUACUCGUCAUAAUAAUAUCUCAAAAU